AUUGGCUUAUUCUAGUUUUCGUCUGAUCCAUACACCAGUAAGAGUGGUCCAGUCGACAGAACCUCGAGGUAAACAACAGUCAGAAAUAAGGGCUUGUGGGGAAUAUGCAGAACAAGCACGAACUGAAAUAUGGCCUUUAAGUCACUUAGUUGAGGAACAGAACCCACGAACGAAGGUCUUCAAUGGUGAGGGUGCAAGGAAAUUCCUGAAACUAACGAAGGAGGAAGAGGCAAAGGAAACAGAAAGACUGUUCGACAAGGACAUAACAAGGCAAGAACUGUAAGAAGAAGGAUAAGCUGUGGUUGAAGCAGGCGGAGAAAUAAGUUUUGUAACCGAGGCGCAUAAGGAAAGUGAAUCAUUAAUUACAGGACAAUCCUGAUAUUCUUGAAACAAUGGUACUUCCUCCUGAACAUCUUAUGUACUCCAGCCUUGUUGCCAUUGAACGUCAUGUGGAAAAAAUCUUGUAUUUUUUAUGGAAGAACAUGGAUAGUACUCAAAUUUUUAAAAAUUUUCUUCUUCCAAUAAAUGGAAACAAGGUAGAAUUAUGUGGUGGUGCAUGUCAGUCUUGCAAGGAACUGGACUCUAUAGAUCCAUAUGAAGCCAUUCUUGAAGCAGAAGUGGAUGGGUGCUCUUUAUUUGAGAGACUCGUUAAUCUUCCUCUCAAAGGAGAAUUUCAUGAAAACAUUAAAAGCCCCUCUGGAAAUUCAGCUGAGACAAUAGCUUUAGCAGUAGAUCAGCUGCGUUUACUAAGAAAUGAAAUUAAAAGUAUAAAAACUGAAAUGAUCGAUAAGAAAAACUUUGAUUACUUUGUAAAACUGACAAGAGAGGCCUUAGAUGCACUGAAACAAGAUACCUCAGCAAUCGAUAAGGUUAUUCUGCUUAGUGAAAAAGAUUUUCCUGUAGAUAAGGUUCAACCAUUACAAAACAGUUUGGAGACAGAAAACUGUGGUGCUAAACAGUUUGAGCAGAUUGACCACUGCUCAAAUGAAUUCAAAUCUGAAGGUGAUUUAUCAGCCCCUCAUUCCAUUGAUAAAGAGCAACUUAACAAAUCUUUGCUAUCAGCAGUUGGAUCAGCAUCAUCUCUAAACUCAUGUCCUUCAAGUCCACAUGAAAAGCCAGAUUCUCUCCCAAGGGUAUCACCAUUUGCAAGUGAAGAGGUAUCCACUGAGUUGACAGAAAAUGCUUAUCAAGAAGAAUAUGCUUGUUCUAAGCCUUUGUUUGAUAGUUCAGCAAGGUUACAGGCAGACUGUGAUGGUAAGUCAAGAAAUGAAGAAGGUUUAAUGUUAAAGGAUAGUCUUCAUGAUACAGAAACAAUGGCUUUGGAAGAUGGUGUUGAUCAAAGGGACCAAGAGUGCAAACAAAGUAAACAGUUCACAUGCACAUGCCCAUUCUAUCAGAGAAGGGAGAAGGAGUUGCAUGAUACAAAAGCAUUAUAUGUAGAACAUCUAAAACAGUCCCAAGAUGAGAUUACAUUCUAUCAGGAUCUUUGUCGUAAACAAGAGGAAGAAAUCAUGCAGUUGAAAGAGUAUGUGACUCAAAUCAAAGAAGAAAUACAAGGACUUCAAGCUGAGGUGGGAAGACAGCUGUUUCUUGAAGGCAAAAAUAAACGUUACACCAAGAUUUAUCAGCCAUUUUCUAAACAUGGUGGUGAGCAGAUUAAACCCAGUACAGUCAGAGGUGCCUCUUUUGAUUUGGAUGGGAAAGAAAUUGAUACAGCAUUUCCUUUUGACAAUUCAGGUCUUCUUCUGGAAUAUAUUACUGAAGAGGUAUCAGAACUACUAUCAAAAUCAGAGGUUUUCAGAAUUAAGUUGCUUGUUGGACCAAAAGUUGAUAGUGACAGACUUGCUAGGAUUAGGAAAGGUUCUGAAUUAUUUAAAGAAUUGAAAUACAAAGGAGAGUUGUCAUGUUUUUAUGUUAAAUGUCUUCUGGAAAAAAUCCAUCGUUAUGACCUUGUUGAGAAACUUAUUACUCAUUUUCACAACAGUGAUGAAUUAUUUACAAGAGAGUGCCAUUCACCUCAAGAAAGAAAUCAGGGCUAUGAAGCAUCUGAAAGAAUUUGUGGCAUAGAUGAGAGAACUUCAAAUGAAGUGGAAAAAAGUGGAGAAAUUUCUGAAAGUGCUGAUAUUGAUGAAAAGUUCCAUUUUGGCAACCCUUCUGGUGGAAACUUUUGUGAUAGUGGUGAUAGCCCAACUUCCUCUCCUAAUCCAGUUAAUUCAAAUAACUCAAGUUCUUUGGUAGAUAUUAAUUAUGCUGAUUCAUCAAGUGGAAGGUGUGGUUUGGCUUCAAGCUGUUCACAGUGUACAUCCAGCUCUGCUGUGUAUGUGGAAUCUUUGACUGAGGAUUCACUCUGUGGUGCACCAACAGUCAGCUUAAAUUCUGAUCAUCAUGCUUUGAAGGCAUGGGAAAAUUCUUGUGAUACAACAAGUGGUGGAGAGGAGAAGCAAGAAAGGUCUGUGUCUUUAUCACUGACGGAUCAAAGUUUUGCAAGUGUAGAAGUGAAAGAAUGGGGUGCUGCUAAAGUGGAAGGAGGAAAAGAAGACUUAAAUAGCUCCAGUAGCAUCUGUGAUGGUGCAGUAAAUGGAUCCUAUUUGGUUCAGCACUGUAAUACUGUGGACAUCAUUGAUGGUCCUGGUUGUUCUUCGAGUAGAGCCCAAGAUAGUUUUAAGCUAAAAAAUGUAUCAGGUAUAGGUCAAGAUUUUCUCUCAUCUGAAAGCAUGCCCAAGAAGCAAAAUGUAUCACACACAAUGAUCUCUUCGCCAAAGGGUGCAGUUCAUGUUCUGUCUGAUUCUUGUGCAAGCAAUCAGUUUAAUACAUGGGAGCAUGUAGGGGCUAGAUCAAAGAAUGCAACUCAGAUGCAAAGUGUUUCAUAUACAAGGAUCACUCCUCAAAAAGACUCAGCUGUAGAUAAGGCUGAUUCUUAUGUUAGCAAUCAGUCACAUAAAUGGGAGCAUUUAGGGGCCAGACCAAGAGACAGAACCCCAAAAAAGGACAGUACUUCAGAUUCUUCUUCACUUUUCUCCUCAUUGGUUGACCUGGUUCCCCAACAAGUUGGGGAACCUGUGGUCCAGGGAGUGGUUAACGCAUUCUUGGCAAGACACUCUGAAGACAAACAUCUUCAUGAAAGUCUGUAUUACAACAAUGCAGAGGAGAUGUUGGCUAAGGAUAUGGAUAGCAUGAUGAACAUGAUUGACCCCAACAAAGCAAAACCAUACCUUUGUGACUGCCAGGUUGCUACAAGGUCAGAUCCAUUUUACCAACCAUAUUCUUCCAUAUUUCCUCUGAAUAGUGAAGCAUAUACCAGAGUAAAUGAUGAAGAUGGCCUCCCUUUAAGUGGCGCUUUAAAUGGUGAUUAUUUACCUCCACCUGGACCCUCAUACAGUUGUAUUGGAGCUAAUACAAGCCAAAACAGUUAUUUCAACUCAUUCAAUCCUACUGUCUCGGGUGGUGACUUUUCAAUUAACACAAGAGAACCUCAACUACUCCAAGAUGGUCAUUUUACAUCUUUUCAAAGGAGUGGUUUUCUGCAGCCAGGGUUUGCUGGUUCAGGAUUGACCUCUGGCUUUCUGGGAACUACAGGACCUCAAAUGCCACAUUCCAAUACUCAGAGUACUUUUGGAUUCACUGAAACAACAUCAGAGCCUUUGCAAAUGCAAAGAUCCUCAACCACAAAUUUAGAAUUACUGGUAACCUCACCAGGUAAUACUCAAAUUUAUGGUAACCAACAAAAUGUAUCUUCAGUGGCAAGGGCUGAGGGAUCUGACAGCGAAUGUUCAUCAGGCUUAGAAUCUGGUAGAAAUACUCAUUUGUCAGCAGUCUCGCUAAUUGGGAAUGGUGUGAAUUCAUCUGGACAAAGGAACUUAAGCAGCAUAUCAAACACAGUUGGCAAUCAUUUGGCCUCUGGAACCUUUAGAGAAGUAGAUAGAACUAGUAAUUCUUCAAGCUCUGGCUUAACAUCUGGUGCUAAUGCAGGAGGAGAUCAUGAUCAAAGUUUUGGCCAGUCUGGAGGUUCAGUACCAAAUGGAAAUUAUGGCACUGAAUCAGUGGAGUCAACUGACAACUCCUUGCUUGAAUUGGAACAGCGUGUGGAGGAGGCAUGUGCUAUGGUGGAAAGAGUACUUAGGGAAAGAGAAGAAAGAGAAGAGUUUGGUAGAGAAAUUGAGAGAAAAGAGCGUGAAAUACGAGCAGAAAGAGCACGGAAGAAGAGAGAAAGAGAGGCAAGAGAGCUAGAGGAAACCAGAGGAUGGCCUCAACAGCAGGAACCAGUAACUGGACAGUCUUUGUGGCUCUGUGAACAUUACCAACGUCAUUGUAGAGUACGUUUUCCUUGCUGUACCAACUUCUAUUCCUGUCACCGUUGCCAUAACAACUCUAAAGAAUGUGACAAUGAGGAAGCUAAAGCGAGUCAUGCGACUCACCUUAAGUGCAACUAUUGUCAUCAUGAACAAGAGAUUGCUGAAGACAGUGCCAAAUGUCGUAGCUGUGGAGCAAAAAUGUCGGCAUAUUUCUGUGGAAUCUGCAAACAUUUCACCAGCAUAGACAAAAACCCUUAUCACUGUGAUAAAUGUGGGAUAUGCAGGAUACAUAAAGACAAGUCAUUUCAUUGUGAUGUGUGUAAUGUAUGCCUUGACAAACGGCUUCAAGGGAAACACAAGUGCAGACCCGACUCUGGCCAUGAUGAAUGCUGCAUCUGUCUAGAGGAUGCAUUUAGUGGGUGUCAAAUUUUACCUUGCUCCCACAAAGUCCAUCGGGAAUGUGCAAUAGCAAUGAUACAGAAUGGAAUUCGCACCUGUCCAGUCUGUCGACACCCUCUAUACAGCCCAGCUCCUGGAUGAAAAUCUCUGUUGAAGUACUGUCAGAGAAAAGUGGCAGGACAUCACCACAUGAAAAUUACAAAAUGCUCCAAAUGGAGUUCUGUAGUGAUGUUGAUUUUGAGAACAGUUCUUUGAGGCAGAUCACAAGCAUAGCUGUGGAAUCCAUGAAGUAAUUAGAAAAUAACAGCCUGGUGAAGCCUAUCCAGUGAAAAAACCAACAAAACACAAUCCAGAAGCCCAAACAUAUACAGAUAUCGGCUGAUAUUUUGAACAAAUGUCGACACGUGACAAAAGGCAAAUGCAAAACAAACCAAGAACAAUGAAAAUCCUCAUUGGAAGAAUUUUUUAAUUAACAUUUUGACUAACAACUUUAGUACAGUAGUCUGUCCAGUGCAGUACUGUACAGUGGUUGUCUUUCCACAAAUAAGUUGAGAGGAGGUUUGAGGUUUUCGAUAUAAUGGACUCUUAAUAUAAUGAAUCAAUUUCCCCAGUCCCUUGGCACUUUGUUAAAAUCGAGGUUCCACUGUAGGCAUGUUUGUAGUGUAUUGUACUGGAAGUGUGAAAAGGUUGUGUUUGUAGGCAUCCCGUGAGGCCUAGCGAAAGUUGUUGUUGUGGUACUGGUUGGCUGCCAUGUGGAUAGUGUGUGGAUUAAAGUAUUGAAAUCAAAGAACAUCGAAGGUUUUUAUUGCCGUAUAUCCAAAUAUCAUGAUGUUCAUUACUUCAAAGUACACAAAUCAAUUCCAUUGCUGUGAUUUUCCCAAAAUAUGAUGAU